AUGAGUGUCCUGAAAGCUUUACGGAAUAUUUACAAAUUAAAGCAUCAAACACAUGUGAUCCAAGAGAUUAAUCAAGCGUUGAUCAACUGUAAACUCAAACAAAAAGACAUAGAAUUAGUGUGGAUUCCGGCCCACAAAAAUAUUUUAGAUAACGAAAAUGCUGAUUCCUUAGCUAAGAAAGCUGCUAUCGAGAGUCCUAUGCUGGGAAGUGAUGUUCCACAUUCUGACGUUGAUAGCAUAUUUAAAUCUCUUUAUAUCAAAGAGAGCGAAGACUUCUUGUAUCAGAGAGCUAUCACUUUAAACAAAGGAACUUAAAAACAAAAUAUGUCUUCGUACUCGAGCGAGCUGUCACGCUCGCAAGAAUAUCAGAGUUUUCGCAGCUCCGUACCGCUUAGAAAAAUUGUUGUUGAUGCUGACGGCGCGAAGGGAUGGAAGGUGUACGAUUCCAAUCCAAAAACUAUCAAGUGUCCACUUAUAUGUCUUCCACCUGUCUGUGGUACUGCUGAUAUUUUUUUUAGACAAAUAUUAGGUCUGGCUGCCAAAGGUUAUAGAGUUAUCUCAGCUGAGGCACCAGUAUAUUGGAAUAUAAAGGAAUGGUGCGAUGGAUUCAGAAAGUUGUUAGAUUAUCUAGAACUUGACAAAGUCCAUCUUUUUGGUGCUUCCUUAGGUGGGUUUUUGGCACAAAAAUUUACAGAGAUAAAUGCACACUGUCCUAGGGUAGUGUCUCUGGUUUUGUGUAAUACCUUCACAGACACGUCUGUAUUUAGUUACAAUGAUUCUGCAGCAGUUUUUUGGAUUUUACCUUCACUGGUAUUAAAGAAAAUGGUAAUGGGAAAUUUUACAACGGAAAAGAUUGAUGGGGAGAUAAUAGAAGCAAUUGAUUUUAUGGUCGAACGGCUGGAGAGUUUAACACAACCCGAAUUAGCGUCUCGUUUAACAAUGAAUUGCAUAAAUUGUUAUGUACAACCUCAAAAGAUAUGCCACUUACCUGUAACAAUAAUAGAUGUUUUUGACGAAUAUGCGUUAUCAAAUGCAGUUAGAGAAGAAGUGUACAAAUGCUAUCCAAAUGCAAAACUAGCACAUUUGAAAAGUGGUGGAAAUUUUCCAUAUCUAAGUCGAUCCGCUGAAGUUAACUUACAUUUACAAAUUCACUUAAGACAAUUUGAAGGUACGGAAUAUACGGCGUUAGAAAAAGUUACGAUUUAG